AUGAGUUUGGAGUCCCCCUUCCAGCUCAAGCAUACUAACGUCAGCCGUCCACGCCUGUCACAUUCAGAUUCGAAGCAGAGUAUUACAGCCUCCGAAGGCUACUAUUCUGUUCACUCUGCGUCUUCCGAAAUUCCAACGAGCGAGAGUGAUGAGCGAUCGAAGCCAAGUCCUGCCAAAUAUCAUACGCCUCCAUCACACCACCGCACUCCCACCCAAAGCCAUGAGCAUCUAGCUCUCAAUUCGGAUAUUCCAUCAACACAUCUUAAGGGCGUAGGCAUUCCACGACAGCAGCCUCAGUCCCCGGGGCAGCCACCGCUCACCCAGGACCAUCAUCAUCAAUCACCUACAGUCUCAACGAUCGCCGAGGAAAGACCAGAGACACAACAAGGGAGGAACUCGCGACACUUCGAUAUGGAUUCGGAAUCGCUUGCAACCACACCGGGAAUGGAUGAUACUCCAUAUAUUCGUUUUGCUAUCGAUCAGCUCACUCGUGAUGAAGAGGUUCGCGGCUCUCGCGCUUAUCCUCAGCCCUCUGUCCCGGAAGAUUAUCCCGUGGAACGAAUGGUUCCCGAUGAUGGCUUAGGUUAUAUGCAGCAGGAACAGGAGCUACAGCGAAAGCUUUCUCAUCCACCGCCGCCCAAACCCAAGCAAAUACCAGUGCGUAGUGGAGACGCGAUCCCCCCGAGAGACGUCUUUGUCCAAUUCCGACCGUCACCCCAAUCUCUCCCGCACGCACCUCUGAACUUUGUUCCGGCCAUUCUUCGCCCUCUGUGGCUUGGACUCUUCAUUCUGGCAUGCUCCAUAAUGCUCGCGGCCCUUAUAUUUGUCGCCAUAUAUUCAAACCGGAGCGGAGGGCUCGGCCUAUGGGACUACGGAACAUUUGGGGACGUCAGAUACUUCGUCCUCGAAUAUCUACCCACUUUGCUCGGAAUGAUCAUCUUAGUGUGGCUGUUUCAAGUGCAAAUUGCACUACAAAGGAUCAUUCCUUUUAUGGCCAUGACAUCGGAGUCCACACAAAAGCGAUCGAAUGCAGUCUUCAUCGACUUGUACCCAAUGCAAUUCCUCGUACCGCGGUUGCAAUAUUUCAAAGCCGGACAACCCCUCUUUGGAGCCUUCUAUCUCAUCUCAUGGCUGUUCUACUGGACCAUACCCCUUCUUGCAUCAGCGUUCAAUGUGCGAUACGACACGAAUGCACAAUUGUGGAGGUGGCUCGCCGUGCAAGGGGUUGUUUGGGCUACAGCUGCUCUUUAUAUUCUCCUUAUCAUUGCGCUCCUGAUGAUCAUGAUCAUCCUCCUUAGGACACAAACUGGGUUGAAGUGGGACCCUCGUUCCCUAGCAGACAUCAUUGCUCUACUCGAGCGGUCCAACAUCAUGGGCGACUAUGCUGGCUCUGAGACCUGGCAAAAACAUGGCUUCAAGCACCUAGGCGGUCGCAGUGACCGACUCGGGUACUGGAGCACUACAAGAAAGCCGAACGACGUCUUCUAUGGAAUUGGUGAGGAAGGUGCUGACACAAGACGAUACUCUGUCGAGCAGGGUCGCAUUCGAGAGAAGGGCCCCGAACGGUCAUCAUUCCCUGACGCCACUUCGCAAGGUGACCAGCAGCCAGGCGACUUCUCUAUCCGCAUGGACAUCAGGAGCGAGAGGGUUCGUCUACGGUAUCUGCCUUGGUACCUUAGAGAUACCUCCGUCAUUGCGUGGAUUGUCACGGUCGUUGUGCUCUUGGUCGCUUUCUUGGUGGUGUCAUUUGUCAACAGUGCUGCGCGCCUUGGGUUCCUUCCACAGGUUUUUGCACGCACCGAUGCUUCUGGAUUCUCCGCCUCCAACUUCCUUUACUCCUUCGUUCCAGCGUUCAUCGGCCACCUUUUCUUCCUUGCCAUCCUCACCUACGAUUAUUCUCUCCGCAAUCUUCGACCGUACAUGACCCUCUCUUCCAAGGGCGGCGCCACGGCCGAACAGUCGUUGUUAGUCGACUAUUCCUCCAGACUCCCCCUUUCGGCCACACUCGCCGCUCUGGAGAACAAGCAUUAUCAAAACGCCGUCUUAUCCCUCGUUUCCCUCUGCUCAACCGCCAUCCCCGUCCUCGCUGGUGGCUGCUUCUGGACGCAAUGGUACACAGAGGGCAACGUCGUGCGGGUGGCAGCCGAUCUCCCAGGAUACUAUGCCCUCUGCGUCUUUCUCGCACUAUAUGCUGUUGGCGCUGUGGCCCUCCUCCCCUCUCGCCGCAGAGCAGCUCUACCGCACGAGUCCAACACGAUAUCCGAAAUCAUAAGUUGGGUCUACCAAUCCCAAAUCAUCACCGACCGUGCCUUCGCGCGCCCACAAACAAAGUCUCAGCUUGUGGCUCGACUGAUGGGCUCCGCAUACCUCGACCGCACAUGGGCGCAGUCCUUGUCGUCCCUCCUCCGACCGAGCCGCAACAACCUCCGCAGCGAAUCCCCCCAGGACGAUGCCACGGAGAAAGCAGCCCGCCACCAUCACGCAAGGAAAGGCAAGGCCCACAAGCGCGCUCCUUCGGUCGACGAAAUGAUGACCGCAAACGAGAAACGAGUCUCCGUCCUGGAGCCCGGCACCAUCCGCUACGGCUUCGGCAUCCACGUCGGCCGCGACGGCCUCGAGCACCUGGGCAUCGACCGGGUAUCUAGAGGAGGUGCGCGGAGCGGCCGCGAACUCGUCAUUUACGAGGAGCAGCGCGAUAGAGAUUGGGCCGCGGGCGAAGUCUGA